CAGAUUUUGGUUGGCGAGUGACUACGAGCUAAACUAAGCCUGUUCAGCAGAGGAUACAGGAAGCAGUGUUUUGCAAGUUCAUGUUCUGUUUCUGUAAAUAAGGAAGGUCAGUUGACUUUCUCUCUUGCACUUUACAAUUUGAAUUCUUGGAGCACGAAUGCCACGGGCUGAGGCUCUCGCUGAUAAGAUGGCAGAAGAAAACCACACAGGCAAAGUUCCUCUGGUGGAAGAAGUUGAGGUGAAAGCGCUCUAUGAAUCCGAAUCAUCGUUUGGGCCUGACGACAAAGCGGAUUACCCUCCAGCCGGGUCCAACUCCAUCUACUCUGCCAUUCUAAGCAGAAACGAGGCUGUCAAGGAUGCCAAGAGACUCAAAACCUUUUUAGAGCUGAAAGACAAGUAUGUGAAAAAGAACGUGGUGUUUGAAGACUCGCUGUUUCCUGCAGAUGACUCCUCGCUCUUCUAUAGUCGCAAACUCCCGGGGAAUUUUGAAUGGAAACGUCCCUCUGAAAUUUGUGAAAACCCCCACUUCAUCAUCGACGGAGCCAACAGGACGGACAUCUGUCAAGGAGAACUGGGUGACUGCUGGCUGCUCGCCGCCAUCGCCUGUCUGACGCUGAAUGAGAAGCUGCUCUACAGAGUGAUCCCCAAAGAUCAGAGCUUCACCGAGAACUACGCCGGCAUCUUCCACUUCCAGUUCUGGCGUUAUGGAGAAUGGAUCGAUGUGGUCGUGGACGAUCGCAUCCCCACCCUUAACAACCAGCUUGUGUUCACCAAAUCCUUCAGAAAGAACGAGUUCUGGAGUGCUCUUUUGGAAAAAGCUUAUGCCAAGUUACACGGAUCAUAUGAAGCGCUGAAAGGGGGCAACACUUUAGAAGCCAUGGUAGACUUCACAGGAGGAGUUACAGAGUUCUUUGAGCUGCCUGAAGCACCGAGCGAACUCUACAGCAUCAUGAGGAGGGCGCUGGAGCGAGGCUCCCUGAUGGGCUGCUCUAUAGAUGUUUCUUUUGCUGCGGAAAUGGAGAGUCGGACUGCUCAGGGCCUUAUCAGGGGCCACGCCUACUCCAUCAUUGCCUUGGAGGAGUGUGAUUCCAUUAAACAUGACAGCAAAAUUCGCCUGAUACGUUUACGUAAUCCCUGGGGUCGGGUUCUGUGGAAGGGACCGUGGUGUCCAAAUUCAAAGGAAUGGUCAACCCUUUCCAUUGCAGACAAGGACAACUUAAAAAAACAGACUAUCGAGGACAGUGAAUUCUGGAUGUCAUUUGAAGAUUUCAAGAAGUACUUCACCAAGAUGGAGAUGUGUAAUCUGACCCCAGACACACUGCAGGGCGAUGAGAGACACAGCUGGACCGUGUCGGUCCAUGAGGGUCGCUGGGUGAGAGGGAGCUCUGGUGGUGGCUGCAGGAACUUUCCAGACACUUUCUGGACAAACCCUCAGUACCACAUGCGACUGUACGAGGAGGACGACGAUCCAGAUGACGGGCAGGUAGCCUGCACUGUUGUUGUGGCUCUGAUGCAGAAGGGUCGAAGGAUGCAGCGCAAUAAAGGAGCCAGACUUUUCACUAUCGGGUUUUCCAUUUACGAGGUGCCCAAAGAGGAGAUUGGACAGAAUCAGCAUCUUCAGAAGGAUUUCUUUUUGUACACGGCUUCCAAGGCUAAAUGCAAAACCUACAUUAACCUGCGGGAGGUCACAGAGCGAUUCCGUCUGCCUCCAGGAGAGUAUGUCAUUAUCCCCACGACCUUUGAGCCCCAUCAAGAGGGAGAGUUCAUUCUCAGGGUAUUCUCUGAAAAGGGCAACACAUCUGAAGAAGCAGAAAACACAAUCGGCUCUGAUGAAAUACAGCAAGAUAAGCAAAGGAUAGAAAAGCCGAUUGUGUUUGUGUCGGACAGAGCACGUGCCAACAAGGAACUCGAGCACGGCGGCAUCCAAGGGGAAAAGAAGAAACCAAAGUUUAAAAUAUUGCAACCUGCGGAAGAGACAGAAGACGAAAAACAGUUUAGGGCCAUUUACAAACGGAUCGCUGGAGAGGACAUGCAGAUAUGUGCCACGGAACUCAAGACGGUUUUGAAGAACGUGCUCUCCAAACAUACCCAGUUAAAGACGGAGGGUUUCAGCCUCGAGACAUGUCGCAGUAUGAUCGCAUUGAUGGACACUGAUGGGACGGGAAAACUGAAUCUGCAAGAGUUCAAGCACUUGUGGAGUAAGAUCAAACAGUGGCAGCUGAUCUUCAAAAAGUAUAACAAAGACCAAUCUUGUUCCAUCAGCAGUUUUGAAAUGAGGAAUGCCGUUAAUGAAGCAGGGUUUCAUCUAAACAAACAGCUUUAUGACAUCAUAGCCAUGCGAUAUGCAGACGAACACCUCAACAUUGAUUUUGACAGCUUCAUCUGCUGCUUUGUGAGGCUUGAGGGCAUGUUCAGGGCUUUCAAUGCAUUUGACAAAGAUGGAGAUGGAAUAAUUAAGCUUAAUGUCCUUGAGUGGCUUCAGCUGACCAUGUAUUCCUAACCAUCUUCAUCGAGGACUCGUGUGCUAUUUUUUCCUGCAACACUCCUUUUAUGUCCAAUGGCACCACUGCGUACUUUCUUCUUUCAAUUUUUAUUAAUUUAUUUGCAGAUUUUGUGAUUACAGCAAAAUCAAACUGGGUUGACAAUGUUCAUUAAAAGGUUUGAAAUGUUUGCAAGCCCAAAAGUGUUAUGAAUGCUGAAGAGAGCAGGAACUGACAUCAGAUGAAUAUUUGAAUGUAAGGAGCAGAUCUGUGACGUUUCUAAUUUAUUUGAUCCAUUUUCUUAAAACAUUCUAAGCCAUCUUUUUUUCAGGACUCCACAUAAAAGAAAUUAAUUCAAACUUUAAAUGUGAGAGCAGCCAACAUUACAUAAGAUAUUUUCAUAGUUUUUUUCCCUUUAUUUCUACAUAUCAGAUAAAAAUGUUCAGCUCUUCAAAGGCAUGUACUAAUAUAAAGUACAAGUUUAAUUUGCAAAGCAGAAGACUAUUUCAGUUCAUUAAACAAAGAAACAAACAUAAUCCUGCACAUCGUAGCUGCUGAUUACACAGUGGAAAACAUCAAUCUUACUAAGAAUUCAGGUGCCUUCUUGAAAUUUAUUGAAUAUCAGAAAUCCCAAAACACUGAAGGAUUAACUCAGUUUUAUUCAUCCACACUUAAACUGUGUGAAAAUAAAUGUUCAUACAGUAACAAUAAAGUGUCUCAAACCUCCAACUUAAAAUCAGUCAACAAACAGAUUUUAACCUGAAAAGAGCGCAAAAUGCUGCAACUCUUCAUGUUUAAACGGGAUUUUUCACAGCUUGCUUUCUGCAUAAGGUUCAACCUACGCCAAGCCCAAACAUCCUUGAAAAAGAAUAACAAAACACCUUUUUAAUCAAGACUACACUUACUGAAAAACAUGUUUCAUGUUUAACAGCAAAACCAACAUAUACUUUUUUUUUCUAAAUCAACAUCGCUUGUGACCAGCGACAUUUCAACGCACUUUUCAAUAAGUGCACAUUAAUUGACAUUAGUUAGUGCGUUAAUAAGUAUGAACUCACUUAUUAAUAUAUUGCCUGAAGUGUUCUUGUUAGUUUAUGCAAUAACAAGGAUUAACUAAUAGUGAAUCAAGCUUUAACUGUGUUUAGUAGCCAAUUACUGAGGGUGAUCAGUUAUCUUUAUGAAUGAAUAAAUGUAUAAAUUAAUACCUUAGUUAAUAUGAAACUUUUUAAUAUGUGAUUACUAAAUAGAGCCCGAUCGAUAUGGAAUUUUUUUUUUGGGGGGGGGGGCAGUACAGAUACCGAUAUUAGGGAAUAAACAAAUACAGCAGUGAUUUCUAACAUUUCGUUAUCAAAUAAAUGUACUGUUAAUUGAGCCUUGAACUGUAUUAUAAA